AUGAGUAGCAGAAACUGUGGUGGAGAUUCCAGAGGCUUUGACAAGGCAAUGAGACAUAAUUGGUCUCAACAUGCUAAAUACUUGAGCCAAGAUAAGAUUUUGAAAUCUAACUUCUUGAUCUCAUUGUCAACACAAAAACUUUCUGUUGAAGAAAUAAAGGCUGCAACUGCAAGAUCAUUCUCUUGUAAAGUUCAGAAUGUUACAAAGGCACACAAUCCACAAGUUGAAAAGGCUUGGCAAGCUCUUUCCAACCUCAAGUUGUCUUCUAGAAGUUAUAUAAAACCUGGUAAAAGCCGGCAAGUGGAAAAAAAUGGUUAUUCAGUCUCUUUUCAAGAUGAUAAAAGAGCUACUCAACAAUGUUCCUCUGAUGGGAAUAACAAAUUUACAGCACCUACUUGGGAAGACCAAAAUUCUAAUGAAAAUAAUGUUGAACAUAGCAAACCUGAUAAAACAACCAAUCCUUGUGCAGCAGUUACCACUUCUGUCACUGAAACUAAAAGGGCUGAAACAAUUCAGAAUGGGGGUUAUGAGUCAGAUUCCACAAGUGCUUGUGGAAAUGAUAUAAGUGGCAUAAACAGGAAUCAUGCAAAAAAUUGGAACCAUAUGCAUGGGCUUCAAGAGAUUGAUGAUGAGGAAACUUUUCAGAAUUUGGAUGUGGAUCAAACACUUACAGAACACUUUCAAUCAUCCUGCACAAUACAGCAAUCAAUCUCAAAUUCUCCACCCUUCACCCCAGCUGCAAAUAAUAGUAUUGUUGCAUGUGAGGACAUAAGUUUACCUCCAGAACUGGAUGUGGACUGUGGUCAUGGUUUUAAGCUAGGAACUUGCCCAGAAGCUGCAACCCAUUUGCAAGAUAUGAAGGAUAUGCUUAUUUCCAUAUCAAAUGAUCUCAUUGACAAUGAUAGUGAAUUGAACUCUGAUGAAUUGGAAAAGCUUCGUCACGAUAGGUUGCAACUAAAAAAGCAAAUCCAACAGCUUAAACAGUAUUGUUCUUCUAUUUUGAUGGAUGAUGAAGGAUGCAAAACAAACUUUUCUGCAUUUACAACUGCUAGAGAUUUGAAGUAUCAAACACCAUUAGCAUUUACCUCAAGGGUUGAUCCUGUUAGACUUGAUGAUCAAUUUUACAUGCAUAAUAAAUGGGACCCACCAUCAAUAUCAUGUUCCUCAGUGGGAAAUUUUGGCAUAUUUUCAACUCCUGUGGAAAGGGAACUGUAUGUCCGAAAGAAUGUCAAAGUUAAUUAUAUUGAUGGUUCAGAUGACAAGAAAUGGAGCAAGAAAGAUUUUUCAUGGACCAAAAAGCUGGAGGCUAAUAACAAGAAAGUGUUUGGGAAUCAUUCAUUUCGUCCCAACCAAAGAGAAGUGAUUAAUGCAACAAUGAGUGGAAAUGAUGUUUUUGUCUUAAUGCCAACUGGAGGUGGAAAGAGUCUCACAUAUCAGCUACCUGCUCUUAUAUGUCCAGGUGUCACAUUGGUGAUCUCACCUCUAGUUUCUCUAAUCCAAGAUCAAAUAAUGCAUUUAUUGCAGGCAAAUAUACCUGCUGCUUAUUUAAGUUCAAAUAUGGAGUGGACCAAACAACAAGACAUUCUCAGAGAUCUCUGCUCAGGGCAUUGCAGUUACAAACUGUUAUAUGUCACCCCAGAAAAAGUAGCGAAAAGUGAUGCUUUAUUGAGACAAUUAGAGAACUUGUAUGCACGGGAAUUGCUAGAUAGAAUUGUGAUUGAUGAAGCGCAUUGUGUAAGCCAAUGGGGACAUGAUUUCAGACCAGAUUACCAGAGUCUUGGUAUUUUGAAACAAAAGUUUCCGAAUAUACCCCUGUUGGCAUUAACUGCUACUGCCACAGCCAGUGUCAAAGAAGAUGUUGUGCAGGCUCUUGGUCUUGUUGACUGUAUUAUUUUCAGGCAAAGUUUCAACCGUCCAAAUUUAAGGUUUUCAGUUAUGCCUAAAACGAAAAAAUGUAUGGAGGAUAUUGACACGUUCAUUAAGGACAAUCAUUUUGAUGAAUGUGGAAUCAUUUAUUGUCUUUCAAGGAAUGACUGUGAGAAAGUUGCUAAAAAGUUGCAGGAAUUUGGGCAUAAAGCUGCAUUUUACCAUGCUAGUAUGGAUCCUAAUGAACGUGCAUCUGUUCAAAAAAUGUGGAGUAAAGAUGAGGUUAAUAUAAUAUGUGCAACUGUGGCAUUUGGAAUGGGUAUAAAUAAACCGGAUGUUCGGUUUGUCAUUCAUCAUUCUCUUCCUAAAUCCAUUGAAGGCUACCAUCAGGAAUGUGGGCGUGCAGGUAGAGAUGGGCAGCAUUCUUCUUGCAUAUUGUAUUAUAGUUAUAGUGAUUAUAUUCGGGUCAAACAUAUGCUUAGUCAUGGAUCCAUAGAGCAGAGCUCUUUUGCAUCUCGCUCAACUACUUUAAAUUCUGGAAGAUUACUGGAAACAAAUACAGAGAACCUUUUGCGCAUGGUCAGUUACUGUGAGAACGAAGUUGAUUGUCGACGUUUUCUACAACUUGUUCAUUUUGGAGAAAAAUUCGAUCCUUUAAGCUGCAAGAAAACAUGUGAUAACUGUUCGAAGACGCAUACUCUCGUAGACAAGGAUGUUACGCAAAUAGCAAAGCAUCUGGUUGAAUUAGUGAAAUCAGUCCGACAAGAAUUCUCAGGAACUUAUAUUUUGGAAGUCUACAAGGGCUCCAUGAACCAAAUUGUCAAGAAGAAUCAACACGAUACCUUAAAGUUACAUGGAGCUGGAAAAAAUGUAGCAAAAGGAGAAGCAUCACGUGUGCUACGUCAUCUUGUUAUUGAGGAGAUCCUUUUAGAGGAUAUUAAGAAAAGUGAUCUCUAUGGAUCUGUUUCAUCAAUUCUAAAAGUAAAUGAAAAGAAAGCGUGCAAUUUACUUGAAGGUCAGAAGACCAUAAUGUUAAGGUUUCCAUCCGUUGUUAAAGUAUCCAAGUCUACUGCUACUACUCCAGCAAAGGGCUUCUUAACAUCAUCAAAACAAACUCCAUCAAGAGUAGAUACUGCUGCUCCUGCUCAAUCUCAACCAGAAGUAGACUCGAAUCUUUCAACCAAAUUGUAUGGUGCUUUGCGAGAGCUUCGAACUCUUCUUGUUAAGGAGGCAGGGGAAGGGGUGAUGGCAUAUCAUAUCUUUGGGAAUGCUACGCUGCAGAGUAUCAGCAGAAGGGUCCCUAGAACUAAAGAAGAGCUUCUUGAGAUUAAUGGCAUUGGCAAGGCUAAAGUAAGCAAGUAUGGGGAUAGAGUACUGGAAACCAUUGAGAUUACCCUCAAUGAAUACUAUAAUUCCAAUAUAAACCAACACAUCAGCAUCAAUGGUGACAGUGAUAGUGAUAGCAUCAAUUCUCCAAAGAGAAUAGAUGCAGUAAAGAGUUAUAAGGAACCAGACUCCACAAAUGGUCUUGAGAUUGUUGAUUAUCCUGAUGAUGAUGAAUCUACAUGGAGGCUUUGAGCAAUUCGUGUUGCUCUAUUAUGGUGUAUUUACUAGUUGUUCUUCAGUUAUUUUAUAAAUUAUGAACACUUUUUCUUGAGCCGAUCUUUGUUUAAUUAUUUGUUUACUCUUUUUGGCUAGAACUUUAGAUGUUUGG